AUGCUCUCCUUUUCUUCAGAAGAGCAGGAGCCGCCCCCGGAAGCGCGCAAGGGCUUCGGGAACUGGUACAACUACGACCGGAGGCCGCUCGCCUGGGACUGCCGGUGCACGCCGCUUUCCAGCGGCUGCGACGACGUGCCAGAGGCGGAGGCGGGCCAGGAGCAGCUGAACGCGAGCGCGUCCUCGGGGACGGCGCAAGGUGGGACGGCAAUCUUCUAG